UCACCGUACGUUUCCUUUGGCAAGCGGAUCGUACGAUUUACAGAUAAUUCUCGCGGUUUAAACCAUCGUUUGGCAUAAUCGACACGUGGCACGCCGGACGCUUCGGUUGUCGGGUUACGUUCCACCCUGGGACUUUCGUCGGGAUAUCACACGAUGAUUUUAACCGGUUCCCCCGAAACGUCAAGGAAGGGAAAGAACAACGACGAACGCCUUAAUGACAGGCAAUUGUCAAGGAUUCGUUCGAUAUUUUGAUAGUUUCAGAAAGCGUUCCGUGAGAUGGAACUGAGAGCUCGAUUUUUACACGAAUAUUUAUUCUGUAUUCUAUCGUACAAUAAUUUAUCAGUUGACGAUAUAAUACUAAUGAAUUAAUAAAUUGGCUAUAGGUUAUAGAAGAGUAAUCGAUAUCGCAAGAAAAUAUAAUAAAUUUGUUAUUUUGUUUGAAAAUGUAUAUGCGCUUAAUGUAAAAUAAUUUAUUAAUACGAGUUAUUAUUUUCUAUUUAUAUUUCAAAGCAACGUUCAAGUCGGAGCAGACAGCGGCGUGUGAGAAUAAAGAGUUUGAAACGACUCAUGAUGUUUCUAGACCUUUUAAAAAACUACUCAAUAAAGGCCGACCUUGCACUCGAUUGAACUCUUUCGUCCGUUUCGUUGCGAGAACAUUAUUUGGAACGCAUAUGGAGUGUGCUGUCUGACCCUAGCGGAAGAAUCUCCUUUGAAACGCACUGCGCAGCCAAUCUGCGCAAGUGGUGAGUUGUUAUUAGCGCGCCUCGACAGACGCAGUCAGUUGGCCAGAGACUCGCGACUGUGACGGAUCUUUCGAAUGUUUAUUUCGAUUAUGUUUAACACACGUGACAUGAAGCACGAAAACCAACCGUUUUAAGUUUGGUCCACGUGUUCUCUACGCUCGUGUACGAAUCAUUCCAGUUGUCAUCAUGGGAAUAAAAAGCUUAAGGGACGUCCGCAGCUUUUUGUUGCUGUUGGCUGCAGUAACGAGCACAAGUGCAACAAAAUGUAGCAGACUCAUAGACGGCACAACGAUGCCUCGUUCCAGCGCGGAAGAAAAAUACCACCUAUUUAUCACCUUGUUCAACCGAUCGGAUAUGGUCUUCUCCUAUAUGCCAAAUACCAAAUACACUGUGACGUUGCAAGCAGAUAGUACGGAUAUCAUGCCAAGAAAAUUCACUAGGUUUUUGAUAUCCGCCGAGCCCGAAAAAGAAGACGACACGGCAGAGAGUGGCAUCUUCGAUUUGCAAGACGAGUUGUUGACAACAUACUCGGAAAGUUGUCCGAACGCCGUGGUGGAGACCUCGAAGAUGUCCAAAGAAGAGAUUUCUGUGGCCUGGACCAGCCCUUCCGAAGGUAGCGGUUGCAUAUUUAUCAGGGCAACGAUAUUGGAGACGCCAGAUACAUGGUACAUGGAUGAUCAGAACUUAGUGCUAAAGAUAUGUCAAGACUCGAGAGCCGAGGCGGACGACCAGGGACAGGUUCUGAAAAAGUGCUGCGCCUGCGACGAGGCGAAGUACGAAGUUACUUUCGAGGGACUUUGGUCUAGAAAUACUCAUCCUAAGGACUUUCCUAGCAAAGGAUGGCUCAUUCGAUUUUCAGACGUAAUUGGGGCAUCGCAUACGGUUGAUUAUAGAUUUUGGAAAUACGAUGGUCUAGCUAGUCCUGGGUUGCAACAACUGGCUGAACUUGGAUCAACCAGGAAAUUAGAAUCCGAAUUAAAGAGUCAAAGUAAAAAGAUCAGAACUAUAAUUAAAGCCAGAGGAAUAAGUUAUCCCAAUGUGACUGGGAAAACUUUCGCAGUAUUCCGUGUUGAUCGGGAACAUCACCUGAUGUCUUUGGUGUCGAUGAUCGAUCCUUCGCCGGACUGGAUCGUCGGAGUUUCAGGCUUGGAAUUGUGCUUGGAUAGCUGCACUUGGAUCGAACACAAAGAACUAAAUUUGUACCCUUACGAUGCGGGCACUGAUAAUGGAAUCACGUAUUUGUCACCGGAUUCGCCAACUGAUCCUCAAGAACCCAUCCGUAGGAUAACUUCGAGCUACCCAAACGACUCCAAGUCUCCGUUUUACGAUCCUUCCGGUUUAGAUAUGAAACCGCUUGCCAGACUUUACUUGAACCGACAGAGGCUUUACGAGAAAGCCUGCAAGAACGCGUCGGAAGAUGCGCCAUCGUCCACAGAUACGGGAGCCUGCAAAGUGACAGCAUGGCGCAACUGGACCGCAUGUUCGACAGCGUGCGGUCGUGGCACUCAACUCAGACAAAGAUAUUACGAGAACGAAGCUGCAGCGGUCGCGAACAAGUGCAACGUCUCGCUAAGUGACAGGCGUCAAUGUCUUGGACACGAUUGCAAUGGAGAGCGAAGAUCGGUGAAAGGAUGCAGCGAGUCCGAAGUAUUACACGAAUGGAGUGACUGGAGUGAAUGCUCGACGACCUGCGGCCGCGGAAUCAGGACCAGAACAAGGGCUUUCAAGAACAAGAAAUAUAAACAGUGCAAAGCCUUCUAUAGCGACCAACAACUUCAACAAACCGACCAUUGCACGAAUUCUGAGUGCGACGAAAAGAAUGGAGAGGAGAAAUGCAUCGAAGAGCGUUACAUGCAAUGGUCCCUGUGGUCACCCUGCAGUUCUAGCUGCGGUAGCGGUACCCAAACGAGAUUUAGAAUGACCCAUGAGAAUUGGAAACGCCAUGAUGACGUGGAUCCUACAGAAUGCAGGCACGAGGCGGUUCCCUGUCAAGCUAAAAUUGCAUCAUGUAAUUUCACGAAAGAAGAAGCAGAAGAAUUUUGCAAGAAACCGAAGGAAGAAGGACGAUGCAACGGUAACAUAAUUCGUUGGUAUUUCGACAAAGAGAAGGGAUGUAAAUCGUUCAAAUAUUCCGGCUGUGAUGGAAAUGAAAAUAAUUUUCCAACUGAACAAGAUUGCAAAAAAGUUUGCGAUAGCUAUCAGAAAGAUUUAAGGACUAACUUAUCAACUAUGGCGAAAAACUAUAAGGUAUCCCUCAGCAGCGUUCUCAGCUAUCACAUACCUGCACAGGGGCAACGCAGUACGAAGACAAAGCGAGCACACCAUGAGAAAUUAAAAUUCAGAGGUAUAGAAGCAGACAGUCAAAUGAAAUCGUCUUAUAAUGCGGAAGAUGUCGACUGUCAGGUAUCCGAAUGGAGUAGUUGGUCUAAGUGUGCAGGAUGUCGUGGAUAUAAAAAUAGUACAAGAGAAAUUAAGGUACCACAUAGAGGUAAAGGUAAACGAUGUCCAACAAAAUUACAUCGUAAAAGAAAAUGUCGUAAAGAUCCAUUGUGUUCCUUGCAAGCUGAUGUUCCAAGGCGACGUAUAUACCGUGACCAAAGUUUGAAGGUAGAAGAAAAUCAAAUUUCAGUUGACUGUAAAAUGACACAGUGGUCUAGAUGGUCACGUUGUACAGCCACUUGUGGAGAAGCAGCACAACACAGGACAAGAAUAGUCAAAGUUCAACCUUUUGGUCCAAGAGGCAAACUUUGCCCUUCUCUGGUAGAGUACAGAAAAUGUUAUACAGAGAGAUGUCCAUAAUAAUGUUCAUCCAUACUUUUUACAUAUCCAUUUUUUAUUUUAUUUCUUUGUCUUUAAAUGCAUUUGAAUCUGAAAUUUCAUUUAUGUAUCAUUAAAUCAAGCAUAAUAGAGAUUUAACAUGGAAUAAAGUUUUUGCAAUUAUAAUACAUAAUAAAAGCUGUUAUAAAAUAUUACAAUUUCUUGGCGUGAUAUAUUUUCCAAAAAUUGACGGUACUAUAAAUAAGAACUGACAAUCAAUACCUAUUAGAUAUCACCUAAUUAUAUUAUAUUUUACAAUAUUAGUUUUGAGGAUGCUUGAUGCAUUGAUACAUAAUAUUUUAAAAUCGAAUUUGUUUAAUCUUCUAUCGCUUUUAUUGCAAGAUUUAAAAUAAAAGAGUGUUCAAAACCGAAAUUAUAUUCUGAUAAACAUGUUGGAAGGUAUAUAUGAAUUAGCAGUAAAUCAAAUACGCAUUGAAAAAAUUCCUUUAUUUAUAGAUAAAUAGAAAAUAUUUAUGAUAAAUUUUAAAAUCAAAUUAGUGUAAUACAACGCACAAAAUAUCGUGCUACAAUUCUUGUCUACCUUUUGUUUUAAUUCUUUUCAGUUAUUCAAUAUCGAAAAAUAAUAACAAAUCGCUAUAAACUACAUAUAUGAAAUACUUCAUAUGUAUAUGCAUAUGUGAUACGAGUAAUUGUAAUAUAUAAUUACACAUAUAUUGCAUAUGAGUUUACAUAUAAUGUAAGUAAUUCUUUCAGUCAAAAAAAACCGCAUUCCAAUUAUUCAUAAAAAAUAUGUUCAAAAAAAGUAAAUACAAAAAGAAAAAAUACAAUUUAUGCGAAAAAAUAUGUAGUAAAUCGAUAUUUAAAUUAUUAUUAAAAAAUGUACUGUUUUUCAAAUAUUUUGAAAGCCAAUCUAUGUAUAGUAGCAAUAAAUAUGUUUCUCUGUACAACUAUUAUUAUAAAAUAUAUAUUUGUGGCAUUUAUUACAUAAGAUUUAAGAAAAUAUAGAUCUCAGUUUAAGAUCGAAUAUUUCAAUUAGUGUUUAUUAAAAUUAUAUGUUUAAGAUGUAAGUAAAAUUAAUUGGGCAAAUAUUAUCAACAUGGAGAAAAUAUUUAUAAAUGAGGAGUAUAAUAAUAGUUUUUACAUAUAUGUUAUUAUUCAAAAGCUUAAUCCAAUAUUAUUUCCAAGUAAAGUAAAUGUAGUACACAAUAUUUAUAUUUCAAAUAAUCGUACUAGUUAGUCAAUUUUUAUUAAUUUUACACAAUUUGUUAAUCGUAAUAUUUUUCUUUCUUUCUCAUCUUAGCAUACUGUAAUUAAUCUUAAGGAUAAGAGUAUAUAUGUCACAUAUCGCUAGAUAGUAAUAAGUCAUUAUUAAACAAGACACAGUCAAGUUACUAUAUUCACUUACAUAUGUAUAUCUGACAAUAAUGAUACUAUAUACAUAUAAUAUAGUAUUAAAUGAAAUUCAAAACUGUUCUCUCCUAUAUAAUAUGAAUAUAGUUACCAAUAUAUUAAUAACAUUGUUCAACACUGAAUUAUGAUCUGCCAUAUCCACUAGAUGAUUAAACUAUUCUAUUUUAAAACGAAUUCGGAAGUAGAAUUGCUAUAUCGCCCUCAAUUUUUUAAAAAGCCCGCAAGUUUUUGUUGCGGCGAAACACACGAUUUUCCACCCCAUGGCGCCAUUGCUCAUUUCCUUGCACUGAUCCGAUGAAUUCACUUUUUAUACGCAAAAUGUUCGAUUUUUUUCAUAUAUGUAUUCUUAGACACUAUAUAAUGACAAAAUUAUAAAGAACUUCUCAGACAAUAUUAUGUACCGAUACGAUUACAUGUAGCUGCGAUAUCGACGAGCUAGACAAGCAAUAGUCGUUUAGCGGCAAAAUAUCGUGUAUAUCUUCUAAAGUUCAAUGAUAAUACCCAAUCACUUAAAACUACAAAAUUUAAUUACUUUUAUAUCGAUAUGAUAUUAAUAUAAGUGAGAUAAGAUAUCGAUAUAGUUUUCAUCACUCUUAAUCAAAUUCUUGCAAAAAC